AUGCGGCCUGUUCCCGAGGCCUCCUACUGCGACGCUUGUGGUGUCCUGCUGGUGCACGAGGCUACCCACCUCCGUUUGAGGGUUCACCGAGCGAAGUCCGGCGGUGCCCCAGCGGUCAUGUCCACUCCGGCGGUGCCGCCUGGCCCGGGCCUUCAACCUGCCCUUUCGACCGCCUCCGUUCAGGCGGUCGUGGUGGCGCUCAUCACGGGCUCUUCAUUGAAGUCGGCCAUCGCUGCUGCGGUGUCCGCCGCCCUCCCGCGGCCCCAGGCUCCAGCUGAGACGCCGCCUAACGAAGACACCGGGGCGCCUGAUGAUCUCGUGGAUGGCAUGGACCUGGACCUCAGUUUUUUCGGUGUCGGUGGAUGCUGUCAUUACGGCGUCUUUAGGGCGGCCUCGGUCUUAGGAGACGGGGAUGUGGGAAUCGAGAGCGCCCUCCUACUUGGGUACGGGAACAUCGCUCCCAAGACCAACCUUGGCAAAAUCGUGACCAUCUUGUACGCCAUCGUGGGCAUCCCUCUCAUGCUUUUGUACCUGACCAACAUUGGCGACAUCCUGGCCAAAGCGUUCAAGUACGUGUACCGGCGCCUCUGCAGCUGCGACCACCGUGGUGGAGGCGAUGGCCGCCGCGCACAGGCUGCUGCCUUGUACUACGUUUCCUCAACGAGAAAAACGGCGGGUGCUGCGGGGGCCAUGCAUUGCCGCGUCAACCACAUUGCGUUCGAAGAAGGCCUGCUGCCCGGGGAAGUCAUCAAUGGUUUUGCGGAUCAAACUAGGCAAAACGCUAUGCUGAACUCUUACAUGGAUCAGUUCUUGGAUGACUUGGAAGAGCGCCCGCGAGUGACAGUGCCUAUCCUGCUGUGCAUGACCAUCAUCGGCAGCUACAUCUGUGGUGGUGCAGUGCUUUUUUCUGUGUGGGAAGACUGGAACUACCUGGACGGCUCCUACUUCUGCUUCGUGACACUGAGCACUAUUGGCUUUGGUGAUCUGGUGCCUGGUGACACCGUCGUCUCGGACAGUGGCUCCCAAGAGAAACUGGUCAUAUGCUCGCUGUACCUGUUGGUGGGAUUAGCACUGAUUGCCAUGUGCUUCAACCUGGUUCAGGAGGAAGUGGUGCUUAAAAUUCGCGCACUGGGCCGUCGCUUCGGCAUGGUCAACGACUCAGACGUCGAUUCAGACUCGGAAUGACGUCGGCCACGCAUUCACCGUGGUCUCGCGGGUGUAGUGCAGUAUAUUGAGGUGCCCUUGAGUACAUUGAUGAGGACGCGUGUGAGGAGGGCGUGGGCCAGGUGCGCUCCUCAGGUGAGCAGGACGGUCAUCGAGCAGCUUCCUCUUCCUACGCGACGGGCUAAUGAAACUAUGCCAACAGCUAUCUCUGGCGACGAUGAGCACGAAGCAGCAUACGCCAAAGUCUUUUGACACGCUUGCAACUCUCUUUCAAGCAAUUAUCGAAUGACCUCACAGUUAGAGUUAAUUUCCUCUUGAACCGACUGCAGCAAAACCUUGUUUUAUGAUCCGUCAAGUACUAACAUGCUUUUAUUGCGCUCUAUAGUCACUUUACUACUGCUUUCGUUCCUGCGAGCACGCUGAAAUCUGCGCAACAGGCGAACGAGGGUGGUGCAAGAAGCUACGCCCGCGUGUGUUGUCACCUUAAGCCCUUUGUCGUUUCUUUCGAACACGCGGCUCCCCCUAGGCAUGAUAGCGCACAUUGUAGUAUACAGCGUGGGGGUGACACAUCGUGGCGGCCGGGAUAACUAUAGAACUGACAAUACUUAAACGCGCCACAGCUACGUGAACAGUGCACGAGGGACAGAAGCGUUGGUUUCUUGUUUUUGUGUCUUGCCCGGGCCUGACCUUAAGUCACGCCACGGCCACGUCUAUGUGCCUUUGCGUUUAUGACGCAAUUCAUUUUUGGUAUAUGAAACCAUUUGUCGACAGAAAAUUGGAGGAAGCUUGAGCUUCGCCUUCAAGAUCAGAACGCCAGAGCGUAGUCGGGCUUCGCGUGCAUCGCCUUGUCAUUGCUAUGCUGCUUCGGGUCUUUGUGCAUGCCUCAACCGUGCCAUAAAAAGCGAAGGAAUGCGCGCGUAACAUUGGCCAUUCCAUCAAAGUGUCACUGAAUGUCUACGUAGAGUUGUUAAUUGCCCACUACAGCAAAAGUAGUUUUUUUUUGUCAAUCAGCAAAGGGCCCACUGA